GGUGGUACACGAAGUCUACCUGCAGCUGGCGCUCGACUCUUUUUAGAAGAGAAAAGCAAUAACAAGAUGGCAGCUUCCAGUUGCAAGGGCAUGCUAGAUAUAGGCUUCACUAUGUUGGCAGCUGCUGCUAGAAACACCAAUAGGUCAACCUCAUGGAGGUGUAUAAGGUGCUUAUCAUCGGGUGUAGCGCCACCACCACCACCAGGUACAUCAUCUGACACCAUACCAACACCUGACAACACCCAAUCCUCUCAACCCCAGCCACAAAGAGAAGACUUUAGAACCAGUGAGAGUAAUCCUGUGAACCAUACAGCCAGACAUCUAGGCCAGUAUUACACCAUUCCUAUGGCGGAUGUUCCCACAGUAUUCCCCAUUGGAUACUCCGCCAGGUGGCAUAAACUGCUCAAGCCAUUUCAAGAGGCUUCCAUCAUGAUCCGCAAGCCAGCUGUGGAGAUCAUGGACGUGAUGCGCCAUGCUGACUACACCAACCCUCCUAUCAAAUAUCUGAUGUACGGUAGGAAGGGAAGCGGCAAGACAACCUGCCUCAAUCAUAUACUACACUCCUGCCACAAUCAGGGAUGCCUAAUAGUUCACAUACCAUGUGCAAACUCAUGGAAUGUAAACAACAAGUGGGAUUUCUUGGAUUCUGUGUCUCACGAGGGGAUGUACGACCAGCCUGCCUUGUCUUCAGAAUGGCUCAAACACUUCAGGUCUAGGAAUGAACACUUUCUCAAAAAGGUUAUCCUAACAAGCAAAUGCUACGAGUGGAGUAAGAGAGAACAGACGGAGGCAGGAGAACCUCUCCUAUCAGUUGUUGAUCAGGGUUUGAAUCGUCCUAAGAAUGCUACAGACGUGAUCGGUGUCGUAUUGAAAGAGCUCCGAGACCAGAGUUCAUCCGGGAAGUAUCGUCUGAUCCUCGCCGUCAAGGCUGUUAAUGGACUCUUUGCUGAGAUGACAAAUGUCAGAAAACCUGGAGGUUACUUAAUUCCUGUGAAUGAGCUCAGGAUGGCGUAUCACUUCAAGAAGAUGCUCAAAGGACAAUGGACCAAUGGUGCCAUCAUCAUGACAGUAGACCAGCACAACUGCCAUCAAGCCCCAAAGUGGGACUUCAAACCUCUUCAUCUACUACAGAAACAGGGUUUCGAGUGGUUGGAUCCCUUUGUACCUGUCUACGUAGAGAACUACAGUGACAAGGAGUUUGAGAGCUGUAUGCAGUACUACAUCAGCAAGCAAUGGAUCCAGAUGGAACAAGCCAAGACAGAGGAAGGCAAACUUCAUCUCAAGCUGCUAUCUGAAAGCAACCCCGGCUCAUUUGAAAGAAUAUGUGCUUCUUUAUGAGACUGCAGAAUCGAUGUGAAAAUUUAACAUCCUGUCUACAACUAUAUAUGCAAGACUGGACACUAACUGGAGGUUGAAGCCUGUGCACUUGGACCCCAGAUGAUGUUAAAGAUAUUCAUGCGUGGGUAUAUAGUCGUUCGUGAAGUAGGCAACUUGACGAUCGCUACAUAACACUGAGUUAACACGUAUCACGCUCCUGUGCGUACGUCUGUGUGCUGCCCACUAUAUACCCACGCAUGAGCAACCCAUUCCAUAAGAACUCUGCAAAAUAUGGCGUCAGGGCCCGGUCUUACAAACAGUUGGGAUUCAUCACGACUUAUUUGCGAUUGGU